AUGGCCAACACAGCUUUGUCUUCAUCCCUGCCUUCUACUUUUGCGGAUGACUUAGGAAAGGCAUUCGUCGAGAUCAACGUGGGAGAAGAUGACCAAAUUUCCAAAUCUUACACGGUGCACAAAGCCAUGUUGCUCGCACAAUGCAGUCACAUUCGAACAAUGGUUAAAAUAGCAUUGUUCGGGGGGCCUGAUCAGAUCUUUUGGCUGGAAGAGGAUGCUGGAGCUGUUGCUCUUCUCGUUGCUUUCCUCUACAAGGGCUCCGUUCCAGUCUUCGAUGAGAGGAAUGGGAAGCUUUCAGCCUCCAGCUAUACGCAAUGUCAGCGGUCGAAAACCUUGGUUGAAAUGCCUAAGAUAGACCAAUCUCUCAUCGACGCCUUCGAUGAUAUUGACAGGACAGACAUCGUCGAACCUCCGUGGCUGGCGCAGGCCUUUGAGAUAGACGAGGAAGAGCGACUGAAGAGCGUCGAGCGCAGUAACAGAGAGCGUCGUCGAUGGAUGGCUCUUCAUAGACCCUCGAUCACAGUACCAGCAAACCUCGUCCCCGUCGAAGCCGACGACGACAUCAACCAUUACCAGACGACACUCCUUCGCCUCUGCUUCCUUGCCGAGAAGAUCCCCUGGCCUAAACUAUUUAAUGCCUCUAUCAAGUCAUACAUCGAGGGCGAAGCUAGGCUCUGUCGUUUGAUCCCUACGAAUUGUGUCCUUCUGAUCUAUGAGCAUACUGCUGCUGGAUCCAAGUUGAGAGACAUGGUUCUGGAUGUUAUCUCUACUGCUAGUGGAAAAGCCAAUGUCGAUAUGGCAACAUACACGGCUUAUGCACAGAAGAAUCGAGCCUUCAUGACAGACGUGUUUGCGAGAUUGUCUGGCCCGAAGUUUGAGUUUGAGUCGGUAUUGGAGGCUGCGGAUGACGGCGUCAAUGAUCUGUUGGAGAAAGCGGAGGGAGAGAGGACGGAUGGCAGCGUUGCUGUUUCCGGUGAGAGUGAAAUGGAGGAUCAUUAG